AUGCAGAACUACGGAGGGCCAGGCGGAUAUCCCCCGCCAGGUGGACCCGGGGGUUACCCUCCACCAGCCGGACAAGGCUACCCUCCAGGUGGGCAGGGCUACCCUCCUGCAGGUGGCGGUGGAUAUCCACCGCCGGCUGGUCCAGGUUUUCCACCGGCAGGGGGCGCUGGUUAUGCAGCAGGUUAUAAUGCGCCACCUGGCGCUUAUGGACAACCUGGCUAUCCCCACCAAGGAUAUCCUGGUAUGCAGCCAGGAGGGAUGCCACCAGGGGGUAUGCCACCAGGGGGUAUGCAUCCCGGAGGAAUGCCACCGGGCGGCAUGCCAUAUCAGGGCGGUAUGCCAUAUCAGGGGAUGCCACAGGGAAUGCCACAAGGAAUGCCACAAGGAAUGCCACAACAAAUGGGAGCCACGUAUGGAGGUCCGCCGAUACAGAAUCCGCCCACACCGUUCAUGAGUCAAGUGCAGGGAGGUCUUGCUAUCGGGAGAAGCAUUGUCGUCAGUGGAAUGGCGAUACCUGGCAGCAAUGGCCGAUUUUCCAUUAAUUUCCAAGAAGACCCAUCGGGAGAAAACAUCGCCCUUCAUUUUGACGCGCGUAUCCAGGCUGGAGCCGACCACGAUGUUACUGUCCUAAAUACAAAGACAUCCGGAAGCUGGGGACCGGAAGACAGAGGCGCUUCCUACUUCCCGUUUGGGAUAAAUCAACAGUUCGAAGUCCGCUUUAUCGUGGAUCAAGAUAGAUUCAGAAUUUUCUCCAACAACAAACCAUUUUGCGACUAUCCGCACAGACUACAUCCACCACAGAAGUUUGCUUGUAUCAACAUCACCGGGGACAUUCAGAUCCAUCAUAUCCGAUUCGAGUAG